GCAGGACUGUUCUUCAAGGGCUGCAAGAUGCUAAUCUGAUUUUUCAAGUGUUCUUUACAUGAAGCCCGUGUGUCCCUCCUCUCCCCUCUUUGCUGGAUGCAGAACCCCCCUCCCUCCCAUGCAUGCCUCACACUAACUAUCUUCAUUUGCUUUGAAGAUCUGAGUGGAUUUCCCAGCCUAGGAAGGAUUGUGUACAGAGGGAUAUUUCCCAACCCAUAAAACGUGCAGAGAGUUUACACAGGCAGUCUGUUUCAAUCAGCCCAUGAUGGAUGUUGUGUCUCAGGGGAGAAUGAGUGGAGCUUACAGGGCAUUUGUCUCGGGAUUUCCCUUUGGAGGGAAGGUGCUAUGGAUGCUGAUGAUUUUGUUGCAAUUAACCUUGGGAGAACCUGGAUCCGAGAGCUCUGAGUGUAAUGAGAGGAAGGAUGACCCAGCUUGUUUAGAGCUUCUUGUGGCCAUGCCACCACCAGAGUCCAGCUGUGAUGGACCUAUGGGAUGCCGGCUACACUUUCUCCCACCUGAGGUGCAACCCACGCCUGAGGAGCUCAAGGACUUUCAUCAGGAUACCCACCAGGAAUUCAAACAGACCCUUAAGCAGUCUGGUGCUGAGGGGGGUACUAAGCAGCAUAACCCUAAAUCCAAGAGUGUGGGGGAUAGACUGAGUGUGGUGGAGGCUAGCCUGCUCUCCCUCAACUCCAGGCUUCAGAAGUUACAGGAUGAGAGUAAGGUCAACCUGAGCAAGAUAGAGGAGAAACUCAACUCGCUGGUGGUGCUGCUGCUGGGAAUUCUGUCCGGCUGCGAAUUGCCCUGCAAUGAGUCGGUUCAGAAACUUUCCAUGCUAGAAAGCAGGCGCCUCAAGGCCUUUGAAACAAAGGAAGAUCUUCCGCUGAAUCUGAAAGGUCUAAGCAACACGGGCUCCCCAGUCACAUUUUCAGAGAAGCCGGAGAGACUGUUCCCUCGAGACUGCGCUGAGAUCCACAAGCAGGGCAUCAGGGAGAAUGGGAUCUACACCAUACAGCCCAUCCCUUUAAAGCAGCCAUUCGAGGCCUAUUGUGACAUGGUGACGGAUGGCGGUGGAUGGACAGUUUUCCAGAGGAGGCAAGAUGGCUCGGUAGACUUUAACCGCACGUGGCAGGAUUACAAGCAGGGUUUUGGCAACCUCCAAGGGGAACAUUGGCUGGGAAAUGAACAUUUGCACAGCCUCACCAGGCUUGGGCAGCACAACCUGCGCAUUGAGCUAGAAGACUGGUACGGAGUAAAGAGGCAUGCCGUCUACCGUAAGUUUAAACUGGCCAGCGAGCAGAAUAAGUACAGACUGACGGCCAGAGAAUACCAGGGCAAUGCCGGCAACGCCCUUAGUUACAGUCGAAACUACAACCACGACAACAAGCAUUUUACUACUCAUGACAGUGACAAUGACAAUUACCCCUCGGGGAACUGCGGCAUGUACUAUGGCUCUGGUUGGUGGUUCGAUACCUGCCUGGCGGCGAAUUUGAAUGGCAAGUAUUAUCGAGGGCGCUAUAGUGGGGUAACCAAUGGUAUAUACUGGGGGACAUGGUACAUCUUGACGGACAAGAGGACAAACCAAAAGUAUUCAUUUAAGAAGGUAGAAAUGAAAACCAGGAUUCUUAAUGUUUAAAAGCCUUCGUUAGAAGGACUUGGACUUUUUGUUAUUUUUUGUUUUUAUUAUUAUUAUUUGUUAAUGUCUAGGUUUAGGGUUACAUUUGAAGUGAUUCAUCAAGCCAGAUUUUGGUAGGUAGGCCGCAUUUUGAGUGGCUGUCAAUUAAAAAAAAAAAAAAAAAAAGAUUGUUCCAACAUCAGGGUGCUCGGUUAGCCGUCCAUCAGAACGUAAUGUUAUGCAAUGGGAAAUUGAUAAUUGUUGUGCAAAAUGUACCAGCCGAUACCCCUCUCUUCCAUCCGCCAGCAGUGGCAUUUGGGAAUUCUUAGCUUGGACUGAACAAUAGUGUUUAAAUUGUAAAAUAUGCUAUAUUUAUAAACAAGGGUUAAGUUCCCCUUACUAUCCUUAAUAUAGGGUGUUUAUUGUAGGGGCAAAUUUUCUGAGCACAAGACAUUCCUUCUCUAUUGUUUGUAUUUAUAGAUAUGAAUGGGAGUUCUCAUAUUACAUGGCCCGGCUCAGAACAGACUGCCGUGUUAAUAUAGAAAUAGAUUAUGCCUUUGUGGCCUAUAAACAGACUGUAGGGCUCAUUUACAACUGCAAGUGCAGAGGACGUAACGCCAUAUUUUUUACCCCACAAUCCAGCUUUUUUCCCAAAAAUCCAGUGGCAUUGCGGUGACACUUGGUGCAAUUGCACCUGAUUUGCUAAAACUACAACAAAUGAAUGUGUGAAUCUCCAGGCGCAAGUUGAUAUCUCAGCAAGGGCAAACAAUAUGGCAGGACCCCAAGAAA